AAUAUAUGAGUUUAGAACCGAUUUAUUCUAAACUUGUCCUUAUUGAUAAACUAUUAAAAGAUUUUCCAGAUAAGUCCGAUCAAAAGAUAAUCGAAGAAUAUAAAAAAACCAUACAAGAUAAAAAUAGACCCAUUACAAAGCAUUCAAGAAAGAAAAAUAGUAAUACUAAUACAUUUUAUCAAAGAAAAGGAAAGCGUAGUCAUAAUAUAAAAUUUGCUAAAAAUUUAUUAACAGCAACACGAAAAUUAGAAAACAAUGAACUAAGAAAAAAUUUUUUUAAUCGGGCAAAAUUUACGAUGUCUAUAUUGACUGAUAAGGACAUUACACCAAUAAUAGAUGAGUUUAAGGAGUUAUUUAAGGAUUUUCAAAAAUUUUAA